AGUAGCCCAAGGCCGACCCGAGGUUUCUUUCUCCCCUCGUGGCACCCACGCAGACCGACGGAAUCCGGCGACGAGGGUUUCUGCGCUCGAACAACCCCCGGCGGCGGAGAUGGCGGUGAUGGACACGGCGUUCAAGGCGCUGACGGCGGGGCUGGGCGUGGCCACGCUCUACCUUGCCGGCUCCUUCUCCUUCAACGUCUACCGCGGCCUCGCCUGGCACUCCGAGCAAUCCAAGCUAGAAAAGGAAAAGGAGAAGAGCGAAGAUUGAGAAGGAAGGAUGGCAAGUUAGUAUCAGACAAUACCAAUCAAAAGGAUCUGCAAGAAAUCUCACCUUUUGAUGAUGAGUGGUCAUUCGCGGUUAUGCUUUCUGGGACUGAUUUUCGGACAGUUCCUUUGAUGUAAUAUAGAUUCAGGGAUUUGGAUGACCAUUCAUCUCUAUGCGCCCUCUAUUUUCACACAUUUAUACUUUGUACCAAGCAUAAGGAGCGCUGGGAUUAAAAACAAAAUACUGGUUUUCUGUAUGUCUUUUUCCUCGAGCAUUAUACGCUCUUAGAUUUGCUAAAUUAAAUUGAAGUACUGCA